GUGGUGGAGCACAGUGUCCCAGGUUUUGUCAUAAAUAUAUACAAAUAUUUAUUUGAGCAAUGCAAAGUAAUAUAUAAAGGCGCCAAGUUCAGUUUGGAAAAAACCAAAACUGAAAACUUUUGCACCUCAGAGGCUGCUAAAAGUGCCAUUGCUUUCUUCUCCUUUGAACCCAUUUUUCACUGCCAAUUGUUCUACUUUCUUGUGUGGGGGAGAUGGAAAUUUACCAGUAUAUAUUGGGUGGAGCUAUAGCUUUUAUGUUGGGGUUUGUUUUGCUAUUGAGUUCAAGGGAUAAUAAGGACACCAGAGCUUCAAAGGGAAGACAAACGGAGAAUGGUUUGAAGAUAUCUCAGAGUGGAAAAUGUCAUUCUGAGAUGGCUGGAAGUACAGACAUCAUCAUUGUUGGUGCUGGAGUUGCUGGUUCUGCGCUGGCUUAUGCUCUUGGGAAGGAUGGACGCCAAGUGCAUGUAAUUGAAAGGGACUUGACUGAACCUGACAGAAUUGUAGGUGAACUGCUACAACCAGGGGGAUAUCUGAAAUUAGUCGACUUGGGUUUGGAAGAUUGUGUCAAUGAGAUUGAUGCACAGAAAGUGUUUGGCUAUGUUCUUUACAAGGAUGGGAAAAACUCCCACCUUCCAUAUCCCCUGGAAAAAUUCCAUUCUGAUGUGGCUGGGAGAAGCUUUCACCAUGGCCGUUUUAUUCAAAGGUUAAGGGAAAAAGCUGCAUCUCUACCCAAUGUGAGAUUGGAACAAGGAACUGUAAGCUCCCUGAUUGAAGAGAAGGGUACUGUGAAAGGGGUGCAGUAUAAAUCCAUAACUGGUCAAGAGCUGACCGCUAAUGCUCCCCUCACAAUAGUAUGUGAUGGUUGUUAUUCGAACUUGAGACGCUCACUUUGCAAUCCUAAGGUUGAUAUUCCUUCAUGCUUUGUGGGAUUGGUUCUUGAGAAUUGUAAGCUUCCAUUCACAAAUCAUGGGCAUGUAGUUCUAGCAGAUCCUUCACCCAUAUUGUUUUAUCCAAUAAGUAGCACUGAAAUUCGCUGUCUGGUUGAUGUCCCCGGCCAGAAGGUACCUUCCAUUUCUAAUGGUGAAAUGGCCCAAUAUUUGAAAACAAAAGUGGCACCUCAGGUUCCGCCUGAGCUGUACACUGCUUUCAUAGCUUCCAUCGAAAAAGGAAACAUAAAAUCUAUGCCAAACAGAAGCAUGCCUGCUUCUCCUCAUCCCACUGCCGGUGCCGUUCUAUUGGGGGAUGCAUUCAACAUGCGGCAUCCUUUAACUGGAGGAGGAAUGACUGUUGCUCUAUCUGACGUUGUUGUGAUAAGGAAUCUCCUGAGACCUCUACACAACCUCAAUGAUGCAUCUUCAAUGUGCAAAUAUCUCGAAUCCUUUCAUACCCUUCGUAAGCCUGUGGCAUCUACAAUAAACACAUUGGCAGGUGCCUUAUACAAGGUGUUCUGUGCAUCUCCUGAUCCAGCAAGGAAGGAAAUGCGAAAGGCAUGUUUUGAUUACCUGAGCCUUGGAGGCAUUUUCUCUAGUGGACCAAUUUCCAUUCUCUCCGGCCUAAACCCUCGGCCAUUGAGCUUGGUUCUUCAUUUCUUUGCUGUGGCUAUAUAUGGCGUUACGAGCUUGUUACUUCCAUUUCCUUCACCUAAACGCAUGUGGAUUGGAGCGAGGUUGAUUUUGGGUGCAUCAGGAAUCAUUUUCCCUAUAAUCAAAGCUGAAGGAGUUAGACAGAUGUUCUUCCCUGUAACUGUGCCAGCAUACCAUAGAUCUCCUCCUAUUAAUUGACAAAAUGAGAAAGAAAGAAAUGGUUAGCAGUAGCUUUUAUUUUUCACUCAGGAAACCAGUUUGCAUCAGCAGAGCUCAUCCAACAUGGAAAAAAAUUAAAGUGAGAAAAGAGCCUCCAUGUUGUUUUAUCAACAACUUGCAAUUUCAAUGAUUCAAUCAUAUAAUUGUAUAUGCAAGUUUAUCUAAGUUUUAUAUUUAUUGGCCAUUCUGCUUUACAAAGAAC